AUGAUAGUCUAUGGCAAAGCUUGCCAUCUCCCGGUUGAAUUAGAGCACCGAGUGCUUUGGGCUCUUAAAACCGUCAAUCUUGAUCUUACUCCCGCGGCUAGGAGGAGGUACUUCCAAAUCCAUGAGUUAGAGGCUCUUAGAGAUGCGGCAUAUGAGCGUUCAUGGAAUAUCAAGGACAAAACGAAAGCGUUGCAUGAUAGGAAGCUUAAGGGGUUGAGAGAGUUCAAAGUUGGUGAUAAAGUGCUUCUCUAUAAGUCAAAGUUCAAAUUAUUUCCCGGAAAGUUGAAGUCGAAGUGGACGGGACCUUAUGUUGUGAAGGAGGUGUUCCCGUAUGGCGCGAUUGAGUUAUUUGAUGAAGUUACGAAAGGAUCUUGGAAGGUGAAUGGCCAUAGAUUGAAGCAUUACUUAGGUGGCCCGAUUGACAAGACCGAGAGGGAGGAAACUCCUAUCGAAGAAAUUCCAAACACCACCGCGUAG